AUGGAUCAGCUUUUAUAUCAUUCACAUAGAAGAUUUGCAACAAAAAUUAGAAUUAAUAUUGAUGAACCAUUAGAACCACCAUAUGGCGAAGCUAUACCUUAUGGAAUCACAGAAUUAGAAUUUACAGGUGAUUUCAAUCAACCAAUUCGAGCAGGUGAUAUUGGAGGUGGAUAUGGAACAUUGUCAUUGUACGCUUAUGAUAAAUAUAAGAAUGCAAAGUUUAUCCCAGAGUGA